UAAAAAUAAUAUUAAUAAUAAUAAUAAUAAUAAAUAAUACAUAACAAUCAUAAUAAAAGAAAGAAAUCAAGUAAAUAAACCCAACUGAAAGCUGUUGAGCAGCUGAAGCAUGAGUGUGAGCCAGCCACAGUGAGCGAGCACGUGAGUGAGAGAGAAAGACCAAGAGAGACAGAGAGAGAGAGUGAGAGAGCAUACCAUUUGCAUGCGGGCAUAUGUCAAUGGAAGACUGAGACUUGGCACACCUGUUGGACGGCUGUUGUUGACCGCCUUUGUAUAGAGUCGUUCUAGCCAGCAAAGUGAAUGAAAGCAAAAAUCAAUUUUGUCGUGGGAAGGAAACUUCAAAUAUGAAUACAGGAGAACAUAAGGAGCAUGCAACGUCAACGCAGCAAAAGCAACAAUCGCCAACAGCCCAGGAUCAACAACAACAAUACCAGCAGCAACAACAACAGCAACAGCUCCAGCAACAGCAACACCAACAACAGCAACAACAAAUUAACAAAUACGAUGCCUUGGAUAGUUCUAGUAAUAAAUUAAAUCAUAAAAACAAUAACAAUAAGGCUAAGGAUAAGGAUAGAGCUAAAGACGCGUGCAAAGAUUUGUCACCCAGCUCCACUGAUGAAUCAUGCCUGAACAAACAACAGCAGCCAGCCAACAACAGCAGCAGCAGCAGCAACAGCAACAGCUCGCGCAAUGGAGCAACAACCUCAUCAUCCCAGCGUCGACGUCAGCUACAAUUUCAGCGGCAGAAGGAGGCGAAAGUUUAUGACCACAGCGAUGAGCCGACAGCAGCAGCAGCCACAGCGACAACAACAGCAACAACAACUGCCACAACGACCAGUCCAAUGGGUGGCGGAGAGUUGGUCAACUGCAUAGCCUACGAUGAUAAUACACUCAUAAUCGAGCGCAAGCCAUCGCCCACUUCGCCGGCCUCAGCCAGACGCUAUAUGAAAGCGGAGACACAAACCCGCGGCAGUCGCAAAUACAAUCGCAAGUCGAGCACAGCCAGGAGUGAGCUGGAGGUGAUAGUUGUCAAGCCCGAGCAUCGUCAUCAGCAUCGCUCGCCAACGAUAACGUUGCCGGUGCCAGCAACAUCAGCAGCAACAUUGGCAACAGCAACAACUCCAGCAACAGCAGCAGCAGCAGCAGCAGCAGCAACAACAACAGGUCCCACUGUGCUACAACAAAGGUAUAUGCAGCUCCAGCUGGAGCACGAUACUAAAUUCAUUUACAAUGCAAUCCAAGACUUUGAUUAUUUGGAACAUACAAAUUCUAGGAAUUCUAGGGCAUACUGCAGUCCCCGUGAGGUAAUUGCGUUCAGCGAGGAGACCCCAGCGAGCAGCUCCAGUCGAAUCCGUGCGGCUGCCAACAAUACCGAACUUGCGCUGAGCACGGUCACUAGCCAGAUUGUUAACAAUACGACCUAUAAGCUUGACUUCAAGCAGCGUCGACACAAAAGCAACAACAACAACAACAACAACGGCAGCGAAGCGCACUCGUCGAACGGCGGCAGCAAACGGCAGCGACGCAAGUCCAGCUGCAAUUCGUGCGGCGGCACCGCCAGUCAACGUCUCACGCCAGAGGAGGCGGCAACAUCAGCAGCAGCAGCAGCAGCGCCAUCGGCGGCAGCAGCGACUGCAGCAGCAGCGCAGUCGGCAGCAGCUGCGCAGAAUAGUGUGACCAGCGCUGGCAGCACCAACAGCAGCUACAGCAGCGGCGCCCGGGACGAGGAGAGCAGCUACAGUGCCGUGGGCGGCGACAGCAGCAGCAGCAACAGUUGCAACUGCGACAUCACCGGCGACAACAGCACCUUGCAUGGCUUUGGCGUUGGCGACAUCAGCAGCUUUAUAGGCGACGACGACUGCGAGGAGGACGAGGACGACGAUCCGGAUAAUCCGGACGCAGCUGACGUCAGUUCACAGACUUUGCGCACAGCGGCCAUUGUUGCCGCCGUUGCGGCAGCAGCCAAGGAGCAGCAGGGAGCAGCUGCCUCAGCCACAGCCACAGCAGGAUCUGCUGGCGGCGGCAAUACCGAUUGUGAGAGCCUCAGUGAGCGGCGACAGGAUGCGGAUGAUGAUGCGGACGAUGAGAUUCGAAUUAUUGCAGGUGCAGUGCGCAGUGGAAACGAUUCGCUCGAGGAUGUUGGCGAUGUUGAUGACAAUGCGGAUGUCAUUGUAAGAAGGAAUACACGCAACCAACGGCCCUCCAUACGGAGGACAUGUAGAAUAACCGAGGAGGACGACGACGGCGCUGAGAUAACCGACGACGACGACGACGACUACGACGAAGAAGACGAGCCCGAGGGCACAACCAUUGAUAUUGAUGAUCAGGAGCAGCUGGCACAGCAGCAACACGACUAUCAGCAUCACGACGACGACGAGGAGGUCGACGACGACGACGACGAGGAGGCUGACGACUGA